CUCUGGGAAUGAGCAAAAAGAAUUAUAAUCCAAGAUGUGCAGCUAUGGCAAGCCACAGGUCUGGAGAAGGGAAGAGUAGGGGAAAGAGUUUACUGGUAAAGUAGAGAAGUUCACAUAAACGUCUUGGAAACAAAGUUGAUUGGUUCCCGAGACUCAAAUCAAGAAGCGUAGUUCGUUCAUUGUUGGAGGUGCUGCUGCUGGGCCAAACGUCCUUUCGACAGUAUCUUAUCUGAACUGCUGCAGUUUUAAAGAAUGUUUAGCAAUAAAUCUUGUCAUAGAAAUGUGUGCAUAUUUUUUGCAAAACGAGCAAGUUGUACAAAACAUUAAAUGCAUGAAAGAUGUGAAGAAAUUGUGGUUUUUUUCGUUUAUUUUUUAAAGUCCUUGCAGUUUUUUUUCUUUUUUUUUGAGACGGAGUCUUGCUCUGUCGCCCAGGCUGGAGUGCAGUGGCACGAUCUCCGAUCACUACAACCUCCGCCUACCGGGUUCAAGCGAUUCUCCUGCCUCAGCCUCCUGAGUAGCUGGGAUUACAGGCGCCCGCCACCACAUCCGGCUUGUUUUUCUGUAUUUUUAGUAGAGACGGGGGUUUCACCACAUUGGCCAGGCUGGUCUCAAACUCCUGACCUCGUGAUCCGCUCACCUCGGCCUCCCAAAGUACUGGGAUUACAGGUGUGAGCCACCGCGUCCGGCCUUGAGACAGUUCUUAUCUGAGACAUACGAGCAUGAGUUCCCUUCCUUUAUGGUCUCUGGGCUCCAAUUUGUCUGGGUCUGACAGUAGUUACUUCUCCUGGAAUCUGCAACUUUCAGAGCACUUUAUGGAAAAAGUCGGCCAACCCCUACCCUACACUCACUCUUGAUCACUCUCCAGUGUAGCCAUCCCAAACUAUUUGCAGAUCACCCUUUUCUCUCUGAUCUGUAUCCCACCCCGCUCCCCAACCAUGGGUGCUUCCAUAGAACUAACCCCAUCUAAGCAUUUAACAGUUAUUCUAAUUGCUCUUUUACUUGUCUGACCCAAGUGUUCACCACUCAAUCCUCAGCACCCAGCACGAUCCCUGGCCCUCGUUCAGCGCUUAAUAAAUGCAUGUUGAUAGAAUGUGCAGCAUCCUCAACAGCCGAACAGCAGGGUUCCAACUUUCAAGGAGCUUAAAAAAGGAACCCGGCAUAUAAACAACAGAUUAAUCUGCAAGGAAGAAUGGCGGGGCGGGUGCGGGAAGCACUAAAAAGCAGCAGGUACUCUGCAGCAGAACCAAAGAGAAAAUUCCACCUACAGGUGCCCUUUCUUCAGGAACCUUCCUAAUGCGAAUACAGGUUCCCUUCUCCUCCAUGACGAAAUUCUUAGUGCGGUUACUUGUUGGUACGCAGUGUCCUCAUCUGUAAAAUAAGACUAAAUAAUGACGAUUUCACCGGAUUAUAAUGAAUACAGUUAAGUAUUGAACUAAGGCAUAGAAAGCACGUAGCUCAGUGCACGCUUCCUAGAAAGUGCUCAGUAAACUCGGAUCCUCUAAAACGCUCCAUUUGAUGUUAAUGGAGUCUUUAUCCGAGCAGGUCUCCAGUGUGCAUCGCCAAGGGUAUGGCCCAGCAUGCAACGCAUCCUUUUAGUAAGAGCAGCGACUUCUCAGCUCUCCCUUCGCCACAGGAGAGUUCUCGGCUUGCGGCGUCGCGGCGGGACUGCGCGCUGGGCUGAACUCCCGCGAAACCUCCUGCAGCUGAACCAGAGCAGACGCCGGCCAAGUGAAAGAACUACAACUCCCGUCAGAUUGCACCCGAACUCAGGGCAUCUUCAUAUUUUAUCACACCCAGCCUCCUCCGCGCAGCCCUCAGUGGCUCCGCCCCAAGGGGGGGAUCUCUUCUUUCCUUGUGGAGUCUGAGGCGUGGCCACGCCCCGGUCACCGGAAAAAUCCGUGUGACGUCACAAAAACCUACGCGUCGCGCGGUGGGCGGGAGUUGGCGGACGGUCCCUGGCUGGGUUCUGUAGGCCGUGGGACCGCGGAAGAGGCUUCAGACGCCGCAGCGAUGCCUCGCCCACGGCGGGUCAGUCAGCUCCUGGACCUAUGCCUUUGGUGCUUCAUGAAGAAUAUUUCCAGAUAUCUCACAGACAUUAAGCCUUUGCCUCCCAACAUAAAAGAUAGACUGAUUAAAAUAAUGAGCAUGCAGGGACGGAUAACAGAUUCAAAUAUAAGUGAGAUUUUACAUCCUGAAGUCCAAACUCUAGACCUACGGAGCUGCGAUAUAUCAGAUGCUGCUCUCCUGCACUUGUCUAACUGUAGAAAACUGAAGAAAUUAAAUUUAAAUUCUUCAAAAGGGAACCGAGUUUCUGUAACUUCAGAAGGAAUAAAAGCUGUGGCUUCAUCUUGUUCAUACCUACAUGAAGCUUCUUUGAAAAGAUGCUGCAAUCUCACUGAUGAAGGAGUCGUUGCUCUUGCACUCAAUUGCCAGCUGCUAAAGAUCAUCGAUUUAGGUGGCUGCUUAAGUAUUACUGAUGUGUCCUUACAUGCAUUAGGAAAAAACUGCCCAUUUUUGCAGUGUGUUGACUUUUCAGCUACUCAGGUAUCUGACAGUGGUGUGAUUGCACUUGUUAGUGGACCUUGUGCCAAGAAAUUAGAGGAGAUUCAUAUGGGACAUUGUGUAAAUCUGACUGAUGGGGCUGUAGAAGCUAUCCUUACUUACUGUCCUCAGAUACGUAUAUUACUCUUCCAUGGAUGCCCCUUGAUAACAGAUCAUUCACGAGAAGUGUUGGAGCAAUUAGUAGGCCCAAACAAACUAAAGCAAGUGACAUGGACUGUUUAUUGAUGCUUUUUGAAGAUGAUCAAUGCUAGGAAAGCUUAUCAAAACUACUUUCCCAGGAAACCAUCUAUAGAGAUUUGCAUUCUAUUUAAUGUUAACACUACUUUUAAUUAUUUUAUUGUCUUAAGUUAUAACUCUCAGAGAAUUAGCUAAGUCUUGGUAUAUACAUGGUUUGUGCUUUACUCUUAAACAUCUUAAUAGUGCUAUUAUUCUAUAUCUGUUGGAUGAGUCAUUAUUUUUGAAAUGAUAAUCCUAGCAUGAACUCUGAUCUAUGGUGUUGGAUUUUGUUUUUAAAAUAACUUUAAAAUUAACUGUUUUCCCUUGAGAUUUCCUUCUCCUAUGCAGGUAUUUGAGCUAUUGUUAUAAGCUUACCUGUAAGUAUAAACCUUGGGAGAAUCUAAGUAAACAUAUUUCUAAAAGCAUAGUUACCUUCCUGUUUUCUGGCUCUUACCUUCCUGGAGUAUUUAAAUACCCAUUUGCCAAAAGCAGACCUGAACAUCAAGCCUGUUAAUUCUUAAAAGAAUUUAGGUAUUUGUUUCACUGAAAUGAAGUGACUUAUUAGCCAUUCAGCGUAUUAGUAUUACAGAGGCUCUUCUUGCCCAGCCUCUUAGUUCAUUGAUUUUUAUGGCUACUCUUCCCAAUUACAUUUUAUUCAUCUGUAAGCUUUCCUUCCUUAGCAAAAUUGCAUUCAAAAAUGUGUAAAAAUGAGUACAUACAGAAUAUCACUACAGAGAUUUGUAUCUUCAGGUUCUAUUGAUUUCACAUUGUGAAAUAAACAGCAAAGGUCUUAGUUUUCAAGUGAAAACUUUUUGGUAAUCACAAAAUUACCUGACACAUACCAUGCUUAAACCAACCCCCAAAUUUAGCAUAUUCAUUUUGCCAUGAGCCUGUCUUGUUGAGAUUUUCUUAAAAGAUUUCUUAUUUUGCCUCUGAUGUAGUGAAAAACGGGGUAAGUAUGCUAACUUUCUUGUGUAUGUUGGGGGGUACUUAUUCAGCUCCAUUUCUUGUCCUUACUAUUGCUUUAUAAAUGUGAUAUGUUUAUAGUGUGGCUAUAUAUGUUGCCACUGCAAAGGUGGCAUAUAUGUAUAUAUGUGCAAAAAGGGUAAGGCCUGUUCUAUCUAUGAAAUUUUUCUAAAGAUGAAUUCAAUAAAAUUUAAUACAGAAUAUUUAACCAA